AUGGGCUACACUUUAGGGACAUCUGGAGUGACUCCAGAUUUCACCAAUCUCGCUGAAUUACUACAGGAUGCUGAAUAUGGACCCUUCAGACUGCCUUCGAAAUGGGCAGAAGAAGAAAAGGAAGAGGAUGAGUACGUCUCUCAACGAGGUAUCGAUUGGUUAGAACGGCGGGCAAUCGCGCACGUUCCUGAAACGAUAUACACGUUGGACGCGUCGGCUUAUCUCGUUAUGCGAAAUCGGGAGGACCAACUAAAACCACCCGAAGUUCGUGGUGGCCCUCGAGACGCCUUGAUCGUGCACGCCACUGAGCAUACAUCUUCGGUUCUUUAUCAAGAGGCAUUCCUUGUUACCUAUCGAACGUUCGUUUCAUCACAUGAUCUCAUUAACAAACUCAUUUCAAGAUACGUGUUUAUGUCCAUGUCGUCCGAUCGAGCAUCGCAAUCAGCUGCUCGAUUAACGUUUUCCGUACUGGUACGAGUAGUGGACGAGUUGACAGCAUACGAGCUGAAUGGGGCCCUAAUGCAUACCGUCACCUCUUUCGUAUAUCGCCUUAUUCAAGAAGGGAAUCUUAUAUUUGCUCUAAUUAAUAACACCAACUACACCUUGUUUGAUUUCCGAUCAUCCGAUUUGGCCUGUCAAAUGACUUAUAUCGACGCUCAACUGUUUCAGCUCAUUGAGCCUCCUGAACUUCUUUGGUGGGCACAAGAGCAAGAUGAGAAGAAAAGCCCGAACAUGGUCGCAUUUACCGAACAUUUCAAUAAUGUCUCAUUCUGGGUACGAACUCUAGUGAUUACACCUUCAAAUCCUAAGGAGCGUGAGAAGUACAUGAUGAAGUUCAUCAAAAUAAUGAAGCAAUUACGCCGACUUGGCAAUUUCAAUUCGUACUUGGCACUGCUAUCAGCACUCGUGUCCAGUCCGUUGACUCGUCUCGACUGGAGCAAGGCCGUGACAGACGCUUUGAGAGAACACGCGAACAUUAUGGAUACUAGUCAUUCCUACAAAAACUAUCGUCUUCUACUACAGCAGGCUGCACCUCCUACGGUACCUUACAUAGGCGUUGUGCUCCAGGAUUUAACGUUUGUCCACGCUGGCAAUCCUGAUACCCUUCCGGCUGAACGAUGUGGUGGUCGACGAGGUUUUGUGAACUUCCUGAAACGAUGGCAUCAAUACGCAAUACUAGACAGCAUACGGAAGAUGAAACGAUGGUGA